CAAAGAUAAAAAAAGAUAAUUCAGGGUGGAGCAGGUUUGCAUGCUGAAAUGUUUUUGCUGAAACUUUGUUUUUUACGGUUCCUUUUUUGUUUUUUUUGUCAAAUCGAUGGUGUGAACUAGACUAACUAACUAGUGCAGGAAACUUAUCCGUCUCUUGCACAAAGUGUGUUUUGUACUCUAACCUCUAGCAUUUUGUACGCAUGCGCCCUGAAAUGUCAACAGCUCUGUAAUCCGACCAAUUAAUUCAGCGUCGUGUUUUUUCGUAAAAAUCGUGGACUUUGUUCGUCUUGGUUCAUUCACCAGAAAGGAGAUCAGUGACAAAAGUGAUCGGAAUCUGUGUCGUCCCUAUUUAAAGUUAAAGUUAUUGGAAAACUGUGACGAUGUCGGAGAUUUUACUGACUUUAACUUUUGGCACAGCAUCGAUUCUCUUGCUCUUUUUGCUGUUCAGCAGGAGAAGGAGAGAGGGAGAGCCUCCACUGAUAAAAGGAUGGAUUCCUUUUCUGGGGAAAGCUCUGGAAUUCAGGAAAGAUUCCUAUCAGUUUUUACAACAACUACAGAAGUGUCAUGGAGAUGUUUUCACUGUACUCAUUGCAGGUAAAUACAUGACAUUUGUGAUGAACCCGCUUCUGUACUCAGCUGUCAUUAAGCAGGGGAAGCAGCUGGACUUUCAUGAGUUUUCAGAUGCAGCAGCUUCCACAACUUUUGGCUUCCCUGCUAUACGCACUGCAAGGUUCCCUGGCUUGAGUGACAAAAUUCAGAAAUCAUUCCUGCUCCUCCAGGGCUCCUAUCUCAACUCUCUCAGGCGAAAAAUGAUGGAAAACUUACAGUUUGUCUUAAAACAAGAUUUCCUGUCUGCCCAAGCAGAAGGAAGAGAGAAUGACUGGCGGCAGAAGGACCUAUAUGAGUUCUGUGAACGUGUGAUGUUUGAGGCAACAUUUCUGACACUAUAUGGACGACCCCCAAAAACAAACACGGAUGCACACUUGCAAAGGAAGAGUUGGUUGGAUGCACUGUUGGAUAACUUUAAAAAGUUUGAUGCAAUGCUUCCUCUGUUAAUUGCUGGAAUACCCAUCAGUCUACUGGGAAGAACUAAAUCUAUUCGGGAACAAAUAAUUAGGUUUUUCCAUCCUCACAGAAUGGCAGAAUGGACCAGUCCAUCAGAGUUCAUACAGGCACGUGUGGAGAUUUUUGAACAGUAUGACACACUCGGAGACCUGGACAAAGCAGCUCAUCACUUUGCAAUUCUUUGGGCAUCUUUGGGCAACACUGUCUCCGCAUGCUUCUGGGGUCUUUACCACCUACUCUCCAGCCCACAGGCAUUUUCAGUUGUUCGAGAGGAGAUUUUUGGCAUGUUUGGAAACAAGGAGCCAGACUUGAUUCUUAGUCAGGACACACUGACUCAGGAGCAACUUGACAAACUGAUUUACCUUGAGAGUGCUAUUAAUGAAAGCCUCCGUCUUUCUUCGAUCUCAAUGAAUAUCCGGGUGGUUCAGAAAGAUUUUUGUCUGCAACUGAACCCCCACUUCUCAGUUAGUGUGCGUAAAGGAGACAUCGUUACUCUUUACCCCCAGAGCACACACCUGGACCCUGACAUCUACCCAAAUCCACAGGAGUACCAGUUUGACCGUUUUGUGGAGAAUGGGAAGCUGAAAACUGAAUUUUUCAAAGGCAAUCAAAAGAUCCGUUACUACCACAUGCCAUUUGGAUCUGGUGCUACUAUGUGUCCUGGACGAUUCUUUGCCAUUUCUGAACUAAAGCAAUUUUUGUCUAUCACACUGCUGAUGUAUGACAUGCAGCUCACUGCUGGUCAACAGCAUGCAACAAUGGACAAAUCCCGAGCAGGUCUGGGCAUAAUGUCACCUGGAAAUCAUAUCUUCUUUAGAUAUAGAGUAAAAAAAAACAGCAUGUAGAGACAGGGGCUGCAGAUAUGAGUGAGUCAAGAACUAUACCUGUAUUAUCGGCAGUGGAGGUUAUGGGACAAUAAUAGCAGUCAUUCCACUUUCAUGAUAAUUCCAAACUUAGAAGGUAUUCAAGGACGAAAAUGUUUGAUCUAGAGCAGUGGUUCUCUGCUUCAGAACCCAAAUUUUACGUUGGACACUGCAGUGUUGGUAGAAUGAAACUGUGAAAUGUAAAAAAACAAAACCAAACUCUAGCAAAGACCAAAAAUCCCAGCAACCCAAAAAAAUUUGUCUUACCAUAAGAACAAACCAGGGUAAACCAGGGGUGUCAAUCCAAGAUUUUCACAGACAACAUCAGGGAGACAUGUAAGUCGUAUCUUUUUUUUCACAUACUUACUUACUUCUUACCUACGUAACAUCAGCUUGCAUCAACAACAUAGGCUCUGAGAUAUAUAUACUAAUUAUAAUAAGUUUUUUAAUAAACAUAUACCUUUGUUUAAUCACACUUUUGAUUACAUUUACAUUUACAGCUACAGCAUUUAGCAGACACCCUUAUCCAGAGUGACUUACAGCUGUCUACCAGCCAAGUCUAUUCAUCUACACUUAUAAACACAGAAAAGAAUUUAGGUGUAAAUUCUCUCAAUUAUUCACAUUAAUUUUUAUCAUUUUCAGUGAAACUGUCCAAGGUAUAUGGCAACAUUAUUCAUAUGGAAAUAUUGCUUGAUGGUAUAAUGUUGUUAAAAUUUAUAAAAUGACAAAUUAGUAUGUGUUAUUACAGCUCCUACUCUGUUUAACAUCCUCUUCAGAUAAGCAUGUCACACUGUAUAUAAAUGUACAGAUCAGAAUUCAUAUAAAAUCUAAAAUUUUUUGGUAUAUUUCCUCAUUCCACGAAACUAAUUUUUGGUUAUGCCAUUGCCAGCACAACACAUGACUCAGUUUUAGACAUGAGUGUCACUUACAACAGCUGUCAAGCCAGCUAUGGCAGAAACCAUGUGUGUAGGAAGUAAAUAACAUUGAUUAUUGAGAAUUGAUUAUCGAUAAUAACAUUGAUUAUGACAAUAAAACUUCUUGACAUGA